GAAAGACAUAAUAUCCAGGUAGUUCCGAUAUUUAACCAGAAGAUGUCGCCAUUUCCUUUUACACGGAGAAAUCCGUUUCCAGCGUUCAGACCCUGGUGGACUCCUCUUUUCUCCCCCUCCCAUUAGAAUAGAGAGGGAAUGGGACAGACAGUGGUAGAGGUGGGCAGAGGUGUGACAGAGGGGACCGACUGAGGCAGAGGCAGACAGCCAGUUGGGCAUUUGCCAUUUAUUUUCUCUCUUCUUCUAUUUUUUCUCUCUCUUAUUUCCAGAAAGGAGGGAGAGUCUACUGCACCUUCUUGUUUCGUGCGUAAACUGGAUAAAGGGUGUUUUUUUUUUUAAUCUCCCCCCUCCAAAUUCUGCGGGGCACCUCAAACUCUUUCAGCCUGAGCUGUCCAUGUGAGAGGUGGUGAUCUGGGUGGAGUUUUUCCUUUCCUCUUUGUUUUGCCGCAGGUGCUGUUGGGGUGAUAACCGUGCCUUCCCGUGUGUUUUCAGCGCAUCGGCCACCCCGCGGCGCUCGGAUUAAGUCCUACCAUGAGACGGCUUUUGGAGACGUGGGUCGCCGUGCUGACAGCUUGCGCGCUGGCCGGACGCGCCUCCGCGGGAUACGGGCUGAGCAUGUUCGCCGCGCAGUCCUCCCCGCCGGACCCGUGCUACGACGAGAACGGGAACCCGCGGAGGUGCAUCCCCGACUUCGUCAACUCCGCUUUCGGGAAGGACGUGCGCGUGUCCAGCACCUGCGGCGCGCCAGCGGCCCGCUACUGCGUGGUGGCCGAGAAGGGCGAGGAGCGCACGCGGGACUGCCACACGUGCGACGCCGCGGACCCCAAGAAGUCCCACCCGCCAGCCUACCUGACGGACCUCAACAACCCGCACAACCUGACCUGCUGGCAGUCGGAGAACUACGCGCAGUACCCGCAAAACGUCACCCUCACGCUGUCGCUUGGGAAGAAGUUCGAGGUCACCUACGUGAGCCUGCAGUUCUGCUCGCCCAGACCCGAGUCCAUGGCGAUCUACAAGUCAAUGGACUACGGCAAGUCGUGGGUUCCGUUCCAGUACUACUCCACGCAGUGCAAGAAGAUGUACAACCGGCAGAACAAGGCGACGAUCACCAAGCAGAACGAGCAAGAGGCGAUCUGCACGGACUCCCACACCGACAUGCACCCGCUGACCGGCGGCCUGAUCGCCUUCAGCACCCUGGACGGCCGGCCGUCGGCGCACGACUUCGACAACUCGCCGGUGCUGCAGGACUGGGUGACGGCCACCGACAUCAAGGUGAUCUUCAGCCGGCUGCACACGUUCGGCGACGAGAACGAGGACGACUCGGAGCUGGCGCGCGACUCCUACUUCUACGCCGUGUCGGACCUGCAGGUCGGCGGACGGUGCAAGUGCAACGGGCACGCGUCGAAGUGCGUCAAAGACCGCGAGGGGAACCUGGUGUGCGAGUGCAAGCACAACACGGCGGGGCCGGAGUGCGACAGGUGCAAGCCGUUCCACUACGACCGACCGUGGCAGCGCGCCACGGCCCGGGAGGCCAACGAGUGCGUCGCGUGCCACUGCAACCUGCACGCCCGCCGCUGCCGCUUCAACAUGGAGCUGUACAAGCUGUCCGGCCGCAGGAGCGGUGGCGUCUGCCUCAACUGUCGUCACAACACAGCGGGGCGCCACUGUCACUACUGCAAGGAGGGCUACUACAGGGACAUGACCAAGUCCAUCUCUCACCGCAGAGCCUGCAAAGCGUGCGACUGUCAUCCGGUCGGAGCGGCGGGGAAAACGUGCAACCAGACAACAGGCCAGUGUCCCUGCAAGGACGGCGUGACGGGGAUCACCUGCAACCGCUGCGCCAAGGGUUACCAGCAGAGCCGCUCCCCCAUCGCACCGUGCAUAAAAAUCCCUGUUGCAUCUCCAACAUCGACUUACAGCAGCUACGAGGAGCCAUCAGAUUGCGAGUCCUACUGUAAAGCCUCCAAGGGAAAAAUGAAGAUCACUAUGAAGAAGUACUGCAAGAAAGACUUUGCCGUCCAGGUUCACGUCCUCAAGGGUGACAAGGCAGGCGAGUGGUGGAAGUUCACCGUCAACAUCAUUUCCGUCUACAAGCAAGGCGGCCACCGCAUCCGCCGCGGGGACCAGCUGCUGUGGGUGCGCGCCAAGGACGUGGCCUGCAAGUGUCCCAAGAUCAAGCCCGGGAGGAAGUACCUGCUCCUGGGCUCGGACGACGACGCCCCCGGACAGAGCGGCGUGGUCGCCGACAAAGGCAGCCUGCUCAUCCCGUGGAAGGACCUGUGGGGCCGUCGGCUGAGGAAGUUCCAACAGCGCGGCAAGCGGGGGAAGUGCUAAAAUCAAAAUAAGAAAACGGCUCGUGGGUGAGAGAGGAGGAGAGAGAUCGGUGUGACGCCUCCCGCCGGGAUCAAAAGGAGAAGAGAUGGAUGAUGGAUUAACUGAAAUAGUCAUAAAUAAAAGGGACAAAAAAAAGAGGUGAAGAGUAGGAGAAUUGGUGGAGACUGAGUGCUGCUGCUCUGAGCUGGAGGAAAAGAGAAAAAUGUUUUUAGGAACUUUUUGUGUGUGUGUGUGUGUGUGUGUGAAGGAGCUCGCUCUACGGUUGUUCCGUUUCUUCGUCUUUGAGGUGUGUUAUAUCGUGUAAUUGCAGAGUUUGCACCUAAUUCCACAGACACGACUCAUACAAAACCCCUUUCUUAGGCCAUGAUGUCGCUGCACAACAACGCACUUCCUCGCCAAGCUGCAAAGCUCCUUGGGGGGCUGGGGGGGA